AUGCGGCUGAAUAUUACGUCUGCAAAGGAACGCCACGGCGAGGCGUGCACGACUGUCGCCGUCUCCCUAAAUGGCGACAUCAUCAGCGGUAGCGACGACUUCACUGUUCGUCGAUGGAAUGCCAACGGGGAGGCGCUAGGAGUGGUGAAGGAGUUUGAUAGCUGCGUCACCUUUGUGACGUGGGUGCCGACGGUGGGGCGCGGUGCGCGUCUGGCCCGUGGCGCAGCAGCGGAAACGCGUGAGGGGCGUGACAACUGCCUUGUCGCGUGUGCCGAUGGCAGCUUUUCCUUCCUGAACACGGCGAGCGGGCGAGUGGAGCGGACUAUCGAGGCGCACGCUGGCAGCAUUACGGCCGCUGUCUACGUCGCCGACGGCUCCUCCAUCAUCACGGCCGGCGAGGACGGGUGCGUGAAGGUGUGGUCGCAGGCCGGCAUCCCUCGCACGACUCUCACCAACGCCGGCCGGUGCAUCAACGCGCUCUGCUGGGGUACGGAGGCGACCGAGCUGGGCGGUGACUGCGUGCUGUACGCCGUAGGCAGCGACGUCGUCAUCAAGCCGCUGAACCCUGCCAUGAAGAAGCAGAUCAAGUGGAAGGCGCACAAAGGCGUUGUGCUGUGCGCGGACUGGUCGCGCAUGAGCGGCAUGAUCGUGACGGGCGGCGAGGACGGCGUGUACAAGGUGUGGGACCCGUAUGGCUGCAGCAUCUUCGUCUCUCCCGCCGGCGAGCACCCCGUUACGUCGGUGCGCUUUGCCGCCGAUGGUGAGAGCUUCGCGGUCGGCUCCUUCAUGAACGUGCGGGUGUGUGACAAGACUGGCUGGAGCCACUCGUACGAGCGUACCACCGAGGGCAGCGCCAUGGCGCUGGACUGGAUGCCAGAUGGUACGCAGAUGAUCCUCGGCAACGGCACUGGCGCGCUUAGCAUUGCGCAGAUCGUGGACCGCAAGGUGAGUUGGGGGCCCUACACCGUCACCCUCCUUGAUAGCCGCCGGCUUACCGUGCAAGACGUGGUCAAAGACACGGUGCAGGAAAUCGAGCUGGCGGACAAGGUGAUCAAGCUAGAGCUAGGCUGCGGCUACCUCGUCGUGUGCACGACAACGCAGUGCUGCUGCUACCCCAUAGACCGCUUGAACGCGCCAGUGCAGUUCGACCUGCGUGACCCCGUCAUCUCCAUCAUUCUCGGGCCGCGCCAGUUCCUGCUGGCCGACUGCAGCCAGGGGCUGCAGGUGUACUCGUACGAGGGCCGCCAGAUCAGCGUGCUGCGCCUGCAGGUCACGCUGAAGCCCGAGAUUAUGACAGCAAACCUGCUGUCGUUGUCCCCGGACACCGUGGCGAUGCGCAACCCGGCCGACGCGAACCGCAUCCUCUUCUUCGAUGUGAACAGUGGCAAGCCCUUCGACGCCGCCUCCAUAGCCCACCACCUCGACAUCGUUUCGGUUCACCUUUCCCAGUCCGGCUCCCUGCACGACCGCAAGAUCGCCUUUAUUGACCGCAACAACGACUUGUACUUCGGCCCCGUGCACACCCAGCUCGGCUUCCACAAGCUGUCAACGAUGACGACCAGCGUGGCAUGGCACGACGCCCACGAAACCCUCGUCGCCAUCGCAGACGGUUACCUUGCAACGUGGUACUACCCCUCCACCAUCUUCACCGAUCGCGAUUUGCUGUCGCUCACCAAGACCGUGCGCGACGGCGGGCACACGGAGUUCACGCGAAACGACCGCAUCACACACUUUCACCACACCCGCGUCCUGGUGCGGCGCGGCGGCGAUGGGGCGUUGCUGACGCUGCCGGUCUCGCCGUACACUGUGAUGAUCUUUCAACUUGUCACGCAGAAGAACAACUGGGACGGCGCCACGCGACUGGCACGUUUCCUGAAGGACCCACUGUUGUGGGCGGUGCUGACCGCUCUAGCACUGCGAGCCGGCGAGCUGAACGUAGCCGAGAUCGGCUACGGCGCUCUCAGUGACCUGGCCAAGGUGCGGUACAUUCACUACAUCAAGGGCAUUCCGACGCCGGAGGCGCGGCAGGCAGAGCUCGCACUUUUCCAGCACCGCCCCGCCGAGGCGGAGCGCAUCUUGCUGCAAGCUGGGCUCGUCUACCGCUGUAUUGACAUGAACACGCGUCUGUUCAAGUGGGAGCGGGCACUGGAGAUCGCAAAGGAGCGCAAGACGCAUCUGGACACGGUGCUGGGCCGCAGGGAGCGCUACUUGCAGGAGGUUUCUCAGCGAGAAACGCUCGCCCCAUUCAACGACCUGUCCGGCAAGGUGAAGGUUGACUGGGCGGUGAUUGAGGAGAAGGUGAAGCAGGAGCUCAUCAAGGAGUCGGAGCGGCCGAACGCGAAGCCAUAUGCUUAG